UUUUUUGAAUCUUAUAAAAUUCGCUUCAAAAGCAAAGGUUAAUACAGUUAUUAUUUUAUUGUUAGAUAUAAAUGACACAAAUGUUAAAAGUCUAUCAAUAGUGUUAAAAUACUGUUAAAACACGCAAAAGGAUUUGAAAAAAUGGAUUUUAAUGACAUUUCGUCGCAAGAUUAUGUGGAUCUGUUACUUACAGAGGGUGGAAAAAUAAGAUGUGAUAAUACGAGUGAAGCUUUUAAAACACAAACAACACUACCUUCUUAUUACGACAAACGCUUAUUUAAAAGGGGUCAAAAAUUCAUAUUUAAGCAUCUAUAUGCCAUGGGUCUAUCUCAGACAUUUGGUCUGAUAUCUCUUUAUGCUAUUUCCUCCAUAAUAAAUGUUUUACGAACAACUACCAGGAAUAGCACUGCUUUAGCAAUGUACAAACGGCAAGUUCCCACAUUCGUUAUCAUGGCUGUUUUAUACACAUCUGAUUGUGAGCCAGGAUCAAAAUUCUGGAAAGCAAUAUCGUUUAUCAAACACAUGCACAACUCAUCCAGUAAAGGAAGUAUACGAGCAAAAUCGAAUCCAAUCAACCAGAAGGAUAUGGUUCUAUCUCAGUUUUUGUUUCUGGGAUUUCCUUUGGCGAGAGGUGAAAUGUGCGGUUUCCACGGAAUCACUAAAGAAGAACAAGAAGGUUUUAUUCAUUUUUGGAGAGUAAUUGGAUACUUAUUAGGAAUUGAAGAGAGAUUCAAUCUUUGCAGUUUCCCAACUCAUAAAGUAAUCGACAUAUGCGACCUUCUAAUAGAUCAAGCAUUCAGACCAGAAAUACAGAAAAAAUUACCAUUAAUGCUAGAAACUUCCAAUUAUGUAUGCAAUGUUGUUUCAACAGUCAUACCAGAACUGACGACAACCUUUGCUCUUAACCAUGUAUACAACAUGGUACAGAAGAAGCACACCAUCAAGAAAAUACCAGAUCCCAUCUAUUUGGAGACGAAUUUUAUUGUAGGAUUCUACUAUAAAUGCAUGGUUUUUAUGAUGGUUUACCUCAUGAGUUUUAGUAUUUUCAGAAUUAUUAAAAACGGAAUAUAUGGACUGAAUAUUUUGCUUUUGAGAACAUUUCCAAUAUUUUCAUUCUUUAAAUAUGGAAUUGCAGAUAGUUUUAUAAACUUUAGUAUUUAAAAAAUAAACGUCUUUAAGGAA